ACCUUAAUGAAAACCACUUGGAUUAUUGAAGAGGAAAAACAUGAAAACAUGUCUCCAAAACAGAUGUAAAAAAAGUGGUUACGAUUUUCAUUGUUGUUACAAAGUUAGUUAACACUUUAUUAUGACAUUGAUGGUUGCAUCGUAAUCAUCGAAACCAAGCUUGUAAAAAAAAAAAUCUAGAAACAAAAACAACAUUGUCUUUCUAAUAAUUCCCACCUUUGUAUUCUCCAUCAUCCACUCUCAUUUUUUUCACUCUCUUUUCUCAAAUUCCUCACACAUCCUCUUCGAUUUCAUCGCCAACAACCUUAUAAUCUCACCGACCCACAUAAAAUUUUUCAUUCUUUCUUAUAAAUCUCACUACCCUUUGAGCUUUGAAGAAAGAAACUUUGGUUUUUGAUUAGUGGGGUUGGUUCCAUAAAAAUGGCAUCUUUAUCGGUUCCAUGCCCCAAAUGUCCUUCUUUUUCUUCUUUGGGAUUGAAAUCUAACAAGAUCUUGUUUCAAAAUGGGUUGAGUUUGAAACCUUGUCAAUCAUUUGGAUCUUUGUCUGCUGAGUCAGCAUCAUUUGGAAUUCAGUGUGUUAACAAGAAACAGUUUCCUAUCAAGAUUCAAGCACAGCUUAAUGAGGCUGCGAUUGUCGAAAAUUCGAAUUCUGCACCUAAUGUUGCUUUGCCAAAAGAGAAAGAAAACCAAAAUGGGAGCGUCUCUGGCGGCACACUGUCGCUGUCAGAUACAUCUUCAGUUUCUGCAUUCAUGACUCAAGUUGCUGACCUUGUAAAACUUGUGGAUUCGAGAGAUAUUGUGGAGUUGCAACUAAAGCAAUCGGAUUGUGAGCUCAUGAUAAGAAAAAAAGAAGCUUUGCAGCCUCCACCGGCCACGGCUAUGCCGCAACCGUCACAACCAUUCUACUAUCCCACGCCUCCUUCGCCACAGAUCACACCAACAGCAGCUGCUUCUGCUCCUGCAAUCUCUCCUCCUUCGAAAGCAACACCUGCCUUGCCCUCCCCCACGAAAAGUGCAUCCUCUCAUCCGCCGCUGAAAUGUCCAAUGGCAGGAACUUUUUACCGGUGUCCGGGACCUGGUGAACCUCCAUUCGUCAAGGUGGGAGAUCAAGUACAGAAAGGCCAAGUUAUUUGCAUUAUCGAGGCUAUGAAACUGAUGAAUGAAAUUGAGGCUGAUCAAUCGGGAACAAUAACCGAGAUACUUGUUGAGGAUGGAAAACCAGUCAGUAUAGACUUGCCUCUUUUCGUAAUAGUUCCAUGAGUGCUAGAGGGGACGUUAUUUCGAAGCCGAUGGACGCAAAACUAUGUUGUUGGAUAGCAUGGUAUUUGAUGAUUUAGAGUUUGUGAUUCAGAAUUUGAUUGAGUGAUAUUAGUUGUCUACUAUGAAGAAAAGAAACUCCUAGACCUCUUAAUUUAUCUAAAGAUGUUUUAGACACAAAAGCCUCAGCAUAUAAGAAUGGAUAUUAGACUUUGUAAUUCUAAGCAGUUUCAAUUUUUUUACUAAUAAUUAAUUAAUGUUUUUCUGCAUUUA